AUGUCUAGGGAAUUUGGCUUUAUCAAAGAUCUAAAAAAGGACGUAAAUGUUUGUAAAGUUGGUUUUAGAGUUCUUGACUUAUGGACUGUCACUGCUAGCAAUGGUCGUCAGCAUCUCGAACUUAUAAUUUGUGAUGGAAAGGGUGACAGAGCUCAUGCGAUAACUCGACAGGCCGACUUUCAGCGUUUGAAGUCAUCGAUUGAAGAAAACCAGACCUAUGUUUUGCAUAAUUGUCUUAUGUUCGAUAAUGAUGUUUUAUUCAAACCUGUGGAUUAUCCAUUUAAGUUGGUAUUUGGUGCUGGUACAAAGGUCACAAGGAGUGAUAAGCUCACUGAUAUUCCUUCUCAUGAGUUUAGAUUUAAGUCAUUUAAGGAGAUUGGAGAAGGGGUAUUUAAAGAUGAUGUUUUAUAUGAAAUCAUCGGUGUUAUCCAUGAAAUUGGUAAGACAACAGUUAUUGGUGAUGGGAAAAAACCUUGCACUAAUAUUGUGCUGAGAGAUGAGAGUGGAAAUUUGGUGGAUGUGACCUUAUGGGAUAAAUAUUCUGUGCAACUGAUGACAUUUCUUGCUGAGCGGAAAGAUAGAGGGUCAGUUAUUUUGAUACUAACUCACGCUCAAUGCAAGCUUGCAGAUAAUGGUAAGCCAAAUCUUUGCAACAAUUGGUCGGUUUCUAAGUUGCUUAUUAAUUUGAAGCAUCCAGUUGUUGAGGCAUUUAGAGCUAGUCUUCAAGCUCAGGGCCAUAGGUUUGAUCAGAGCUUAUGUCAGGUUUCAUCCUCUUCUCAACGUGUCAACUAUGAUGAGUUUUCGAAUCUCUCUGGUGUUAAAUCUAUUGCUGAGUUUAGAGAUUUCGAUAAGGAUACCUAUUGUAUUACUGUUGCGAAGUCACUUAAGUUCAAUCCUAAUCGAUAUGGAUGGUAUUAUGAAACCUGCACUAAGUGUACCAAAGCUUCAAGGUCGGGUGGUGCGAGUUACAAAUGCUCAUGUGGGGAGGAAGUUGAGGUUCCGCUGACUAGGUAUAAGGUCGUUGUGAUAAUGGAGUAUCGUGAUCAUAAGGCUGAAUUUUUAUUUUGGGACAAGGAAUGUUUUCAAAUUCUUGGAGUUGCUGCUGAUACUCUUAGAAAGACAAUGCAACAGGUUGGUGAGGAUGAUCCUCAUAUAUAUCCUGAAGUUCUAGACAAGUUGCUUAAGAUUGAAUUUGCAUUGCGUGUAAAGUAUCAGCUAGGUGCAGAAGGUUAA